AUGCGCUCCGAUCGCACGUAUCUAGAACAUGAGGACCAAAUCACGGCCUUCUGCGACUGGAUGGAACGUGCGAACUCUCAUCACAGUUUGGCUUCAUAUGAUCCAGGCAUUCUCCAUGAAAUCUUCUCGACAACGCUCUAUAAUCCACGCGUUCCCAAUUUACGGAAUGAAUGCAACUGCAAUAACAUGCUCUGCGUGUUAACACAUAAGAUGGACAUGCACGCAUUCUGGGACAUGCCAGCAACCACGAUUAGAUCCUCGUCUAUGACAGUGCUGUUGGGUCCUUGGCGCAUUGACAUUGAAGGCGAAAAGGACCACGUCACCGGGGAACAAGAACCUGUUUAUUUAUCUCACCUCAUCAGACGUAUCCAUUGCGAAUUGCACAAACCUAUGGAGAUCUUCGAUCUUGACAUUAAAAGAAUUCCGGCGCAUUCCAUCGGUCUAUUUUACGAAUAUCGCAGAAUGCUGCGUCAAACCGAUGCUUAUUGGAGGCAGAGGGUGGGGCCGCACUCCAGCGCCAGUUAUAGGGGGUAUGAGAGGAUCGACUUUCUCGAGCGUUACACCAUUGGAAAUACAGACCGAGUUAUGACCCUAAAACUCGCCUUCCCGAUCCCUGGUCGCCUCUGCGUCGCGCUAGUUUAA